CUUGGAUCUACUAAGUCAUCAAGAACAGAUGAAAAGAUUCGGACAUCACCUUAAACUAUUGUUCAGUGAUAAGAAACCAUCACAAUCUCAGACAAAACAACUCUGCAGAGGUUUCUGUCAGGGGACUAAGGUUGUUUCUCCAAACCAAGAUGAUUUUGCUAUGAUUUCACCAAGAAUUAAACUCAGAGAUGGGAGGCACCUGGCUUAUCUUGAGAGAGGGGUUUCUAAGGAUGUGGCAAAGUACAAGAUCAUCAUUGUCCAUGGUUUUGGAAGCUCCAAAGAGAUGAACUUUCUCGCACCCCAAGAACUAAUAGAUGAACUAGGCAUAUAUCUGCUGCAAUAUGACCGAGCUGGGUAUGGAGAAAGUGAUCCAAAUCCCAAACGCUCGCUCAAAAGUGAAGCACUUGACAUUCAAGAACUUGCUGAUCAGUUAGAGUUAGGGCCACAGUUCUAUGUCAUUGGAGUCUCAAUGGGUUCAUAUGCUACAUGGAGUUGCCUUCAGUACUUACCCCACAGGCUUGCAGGGUUGGCACUGAUAGCACCAGUGAUCAAUUACAAGUGGCCUUCACUUCCCAAGAGUCUAAUAAGAGAGGAUUAUAGAAGGAAACUUGUGCAAUGGGCUAGGUGGCUUGCAAGCUAUUGUCCUAAGCUAUUGCAUUGGUGGGUAACUCAAAAGUGGCUGCCUUCAGCUGCUGUCAUUGAAAAGAACCCAGCUUUCUUCAACAAGAGUGAUAUUGAUAUUCUAAAAACACUCCCUGGCUUCCCAAUGCUUACCAAGGACAGCUUAAGGGAACAAGUUGUAUUUGACACACUUAGGCAUGAUUGGAGGGUUGCUUUUGGAAAAUGGGAAUUUGACCCUUUAAAGCUCACGAAUCCAUUCCCUCACAGCACAAGUUCUUCAGUUCACAUAUGGCAGGGAUAUGAAGACAAGGUUGUGCCAUCUCAACUUCAGAGGUUUGUGUCAGGGAAGCUUCCAUGGAUACAUUAUCAUGAAGUUCCAGAUGGUGGACAUUUAAUUGUGUACUAUAGGGGAUUAUGUGAGGCCAUAUUAAGGGCACUCUUACUUGGACAAGAAUACAUUGCAUAUAGGCCUAAUAAGUCAGCAUUAUUUGCACUCAAUGGGGUUGAGGAGGAUCCUACUUGUAGGGAUCAUUUAACCCUACCUCUUCAUACUCCAAAGGACUAGUUUUUACUUGGUAGAUAUAGAGAGUUCUCCAUGAAAAUAUUUAUUUUGGAUUGCUUUUUACAUUUUCAUUAUCUGUUUAUUGUUUACAUUUUUUCUUCCUUUGGGAAAAUUAUGUCAAUUCUGUAAAUUAUGUUUGUGAUUUGUUGGAUGAAAAAUAGAAAUAGAAGGUGCCUUAUAUGUAAAUUACUAAA